GAGCCCUCGUCGGUGACGUCAUUGGGAGCGCGCCGGGGUCGCUCGCACGUGCCACACCACUCGCACCGCAUCGCUCGCACCGCACCGCUCCGCAUCGCUCGCACCGCACCGCUCCGCACCGCUCGCGUGCCGCCGCCGCCAUGAGCUGCCCCGUGACGUGCACCGCCUGGGUGCGCUGCGGCGUUGCCAAGGAGACGCCGGACAAGGUGCAGCUCGGCGAGGAGGAGCUGAACCGUCUCAUCGAGGAGGCCCAGGACAGGCUGGGGGAUGGCACUGAUGAUAGCAAUGAGGACCAGAUGGCAUCUGGCAUGAAUGUACCCAUUCCUGGCAUAGCUAAGUCUUCUCAGAAAAAUGAAGACAUGUCUGAUGAUGAACUGGGUGAAUAUGAUUUGGAAAAUUAUGAUGAAGAGGAGUACGCAGGUGAUGUAAAACUUGGAGACUCUUUGGCUACUCUGACAGUAUACGGAAGUAAUGAUCAUGAUCCUUACAUCACUCUAAAAACCACUGAUCAAUAUGAAGAGGAGGACUUUUUGAUUAAGCCCAGUGACAAUCUUGUCCUUUGUGGCAGAGCUGAUAAAGACUACUGUAGUUUGGAGGUCCAUGUUUAUAAUCAUGAAGAGAACUCAUUUUAUGUCCAUCAUGAUAUUAUCUUGCCUGCUUACCCUCUAAGUCUGGAGUGGUUGAAUUUUGAUCCUAGUCCUGAUGAAUCACUAGGAAAUUAUGUUGCAGUGGGUAACAUGACCCCAGUUAUUGACAUUUGGGACCUCGAUAUAGUAGAAUCCUUAGAACCAGUCUUUUCUCUUGGAGACAAGAAAGAGAAAAAGAAGAAAAAGAAAGGAAAGAAGAGUUUAUCUUCAGAAGGAACAGUGAAAGAACAUACUGAUGCUGUGCUUGAUCUUUCAUGGAAUAAACAAAGCAGGAAUGUUUUAGCAAGUGCGUCUGCUGACAAUACUGUGAUUUUGUGGGAUAUGUCUGUGGGUAAGCCAGCAGCCAGCCUGAUGCUACAUACAGACAAGGUCCAGACAUUGCAAUUUCAUCCAUUUGAAACUCAGACCCUUAUUUCUGGAUCUUAUGAUAAAUCAGCUGUGCUGUAUGACUGCAGAAACCCACAAGAUAACCACCGAGUGUGGCGGUUUAGUGGUCAGGUUGAAAGAGUAACCUGGAAUCAUUUUUCACCUUGUAAUUUCUUAGCAAGCACAGAGGAUGGUUUUGUGUACUGUCUGGAUGCUCGCUCUGAUAAGCCCCUCUUUACUCUGAAAGCUCACGACGAAGAGGUGUCAGGGCUACAACUAAGCAGUCAGAUCAAAGGGUGCCUUGUGACAUCAUCUGCUGACAAAUAUGUGAAAAUCUGGGAUAUCCUUGGAGACAGACCAAGUUUAAUCCAUUCCAGGAAUAUGAAAAUGGGUGUUCUCUUCUGUGCAGCUUGCUGCCCUGACUUCCCGUUUGUUUUUGCCUUUGGAGGAGAGCGAGAAGGUCUGCGUGUUUGGGAUAUAAGCAAGAUUUCUGCAGUGAAUGAAGUUUUUGGAAACAGAGAGAGACAUGUUCUGGCUAGUGCCAACUCUGUGGCUUGCAGCUCCACAGCCAGCAGUAGCAGCAACGAUUUGGAGACAGCAAUGGAAUCGUGAUGGACCAAGCAUCACAAAAUCAAAGUAAUUCAUGGGACUAUAAUGUACAUUCUACAAAUCCUCCUGUUUGGUGAGAGUUCAUAGAGAUUACUCUAGUGUCUUGCAGUCUGCAGGCUGCUUCAUCUUGGACAAAGAAACAUGGCAAUGUGGUUAAGCUCUAAGUCAGCAGUUCUAAGUUCCUGCCUCUAUCACCAGCUUUGAAAGAUUAAAUCACUUGCUUUUGCCUGAGAUUAGAUCCCUGAAACAGGGGCUACUAUGUGUAAAGUUGAUAUAUCAAAAUGAAAUAGUCACUAGAAAAGCGCUGGGGCUACCAGAAGUUUGUUGAAUACUGCAAAGGUAAAUAUCUUCUAAAGGCAUAAGGAAAAAUACUUCAAACAGCUAUGUAAUAAAUAAACAAAAGCUGAAUGAAAUGACAAGUGUAAAUAGAUAAUUUAUCCUUAAUUUUAGGCUGGAUUUACAGAUUUCUAAUACAGAUUUUAAAAGUUCUUCUAUGUAACUUUAAGUCUUAAGAGUAUUUCUUGGGCAUCCCUGAGUAGAAUCAUGAAAUGUAUUUGCAACAAACAGCUCACCAAUAUCAAAUGAGAAAUAUCCUAGCUGUAUCCUAUCAAGAUCAAGGGUUUCUGUUCCCUGGUUCCACAGCACCUGAAGCUUAUUGAUGAUGCAUGUGUAUUGAUUGGGGUUUUUCUUCAAGCUCCAAAGGUAACAUAUAUAAAGAGAAUUUGAACCGAAGUAAGGAGCUACUAAUCAGAAGAGGAUGAGAGGCUGUAAGGCCACAAAGCAAGGGUAGGGAUCUCAGCUGGUCAGUGUCACUGGUGAAAGCCGUCCAUGUUACGUACUCACGUACCUAACUCCUCCCAGGGAUUUCUGCCUGCAACCGGAAGGCACGGAGGAAAGUUCUGAGUAUCGGCCUAACCACUGACUUAGUUAAACGCUUUGUUUAUAGCAUCAGAAACCUAGUCAAGGAAUGUGACUCAAAACAAUUUCCUCACAUUUUAAAUGAACACUGAAGUGCCUUACCUCAGGUCAGAAGUUAAACGCUACUUGUGUCCUCCUGUGAAGUGCUUCCCUCUCCACGUACUGGAAGGUGUCUACUGAAGUGCUGCUGCUGCAAAAAUGCCAAGGGUAUUAAAGCAACUGGUGCCAAAGCAGCUGUAGUGUCAGCGCAUGUAGUUGACAAGAGCUAACUACAGCUUUCCACCCUACUUCAUUGUAACUCCUUCUGGUUAGGUACAGCAGAUAAAUGGUACCAGUACAAACUGCAGAUGCGGAAAAGGCAGGGCUGUACCUUUCCAGCCUUUGAAGUCGCUGCUCCUAAAUCCACUGUAGCUGUUUCUAGCUUGGUGACAGGUGUUUAGCAUGGCUCUGCAGGAACCAAGAGUAUUUUGGAUGUGUUGGGAUUCCUGCCUCAAUCCUUUCUCUGCCAAGCAAUAGUGAACAAUGUGUGGGGGAAAAAAAAAAACCAAACCCACCCAACUGCUUUUGUGAAGCUUAAGACAGUGAAAGCAGCAGAACCACCUCAGUUCAAGUGCUCUCCACUGAAAACCUGCAAGUUUUUCAAAACUUUCAUUUGCAAUAAAUGCUUUGUGU